AUGCUCAGAGCUCCCGCGCCGCGGCCGGGUGAGGCGGGGGCGCCCACCCAGUCCAAGCCGCUCACCUCCUUCCUCAUCCAGGACAUCCUGCGGGACGGCGCGGAGAGGCGCGGCGGCCACACGAGCAGCCCGCAGCCCCCGCGCCAGCCGGACCCGCCGCGAGACCAGGAACCGGAGCCGGAGCGAGGAAGAGGCGGCGCCGGGGCGCCCGAGGAUGAGUGGAGCGCCCAACCGGGCGCCGCGCAGGAGGCCGAAGCGCACGGAGAGAGCGAGCCAGAUAGACACUUGGAGACUUAUCUGUUGGACUGUGAAAACAGCGCAGACUCCUUACCAAGCCUUCCGCAAACCUCGAAACAGCCACAGAAGCGCUCCCGUGCUGCCUUCUCCCACACUCAGGUCAUCGAGUUAGAAAGGAAGUUCAGCCACCAGAAGUAUCUGUCAGCCCCUGAAAGGGCUCACCUGGCCAAGAACCUCAAGCUCACUGAGACCCAAGUGAAAAUAUGGUUCCAGAACAGACGCUAUAAGACCAAGCGAAAGCAGCUCACCUCGGACCUGGGAGACCUGGAGAAGCACACCUCCCUGCCGGCCCUGAAAGAGGAGGGCUUACCCCAGGCCUCCCUCAUCUCCAUGCAUAACAGCUACCCUUACUACCCCUACCUGUACUGCUUGGGGGGCUGGAACCCACCUUUCUGGUAACGCCAGCGCAGAUGACAAUCCCAAGUGGUCAGGCACUGCCUUCCCUGGGUCGCAUCUCUGGAAAGCAAAAGGCCAGCCAGGCUCAGGGAGGCCUGAGGAGCGAGAGGCGUGCAUACUGACCCCGCCGGAGGCUUGCAUGGACACCCCUGAUUCUUCCCUGGUGAGCCAAUGAAAGAUCUGCGAUAGCGAAUAAUACCCAAAUAGAUCCCCCCAACACAUGAUAUGGCACUUUGUUUGCUCUUAGAGACCUCCGCCAAGUGGGGAGGGAUAAAAUCAAGCGCUGUUUCUAGCACUUCUGUGGUUUUGUGUGAGUUGUCCCCAUUACCCCUAAGGAUGCUGAUUCCACUCGACCUCUUGCGUCACUGAACAUCGACCCUGAGAGUGCAAACCUGAGGGGGAGAAGGAUGGCCAAGACAAGGGUGUUCCCUCCCGAAUUCCACUUCACUUCACAAACCUCUCACGGGCCUUCGAAUGCGAUCGGGGUUCCUCUCUGUCCCCAUAAGAGAGAAGAAGACAGAGGCUGUCCCAGGGAAGCCUGUCUGCUAGGCACAGACUGGCAUGGGAGAUGGGGAUGGGUAGGAGAUGAAAACGUGAGCUGCUUCUUCCUUUUUAAAUAAUGCACCAACCUAAGUAUUUACACGGUGGCCCAAGCAGAACAAGAAGCACUCACUACGGU